AUGUAUAUCUUUGCAUCACUAACAGGACAUGAACUUUUUAUACUGACAGCUAUGAGUUAUGACCGUUAUGUGGCCAUCUGUAACCCUGAUCGAUAUGUUGCCAUCUGUAACCCAUUGCGUUACCUCAUGAUCAUGAACAGUAGAGUUUGCUCUUUGCUUGCCAUCAGCUGCUGGUUUAUGGGCUUCAUACAAGUCCUUCCUGCUAUUGUAAUCUUCUCAGGCUUCUCAUGCUACACCUCUAAUGAGAUCAACCACUUCUUCUGUGAUAUGAUACCUUUGAUAAAAAUAAUCUGUGAUGACACUUCUGUCUUGGAUAUUGUGUUUCUAUUCCAAGGAAUGUUUGUUAUAGUGUUACCCCCCUUCCUUUUUACCUCAAUCUCUUAUAUUUUUAUCAUAUCUACCAUAAUGAGGAUCCCUUCCAACACUGGAAAGCGAAAAGCAUUUUUUACAUGCUCUUCACACCUAACAGUAGUUAUUCUUCUUUAUACUACACUUGUCUCCCAGUACUUGACACCAACAUCAUUGGGAACAUUGAAUGCAAAGAAGAUAAUCUCCUUGUUCAAUACAGCAGCUGUUCCCUUGUUAAAUCCUUUAAUUUAUAGUUUGAAAAAUAAAGAUGUUAAGAUAGCUGUACGGCGUAUGCUGGGGUUCUAUAAAAUCAUUGGAUGA